UUCCAAGGGGAGCAGAGCUUGACCAGCGAUCAUCUGUGUCCUGCUGCCCACAGUCCGGAGGAGCUCAGCGGGGAGACCGGGGUCCAAGACAUGGAGUCCCCACCGGCCUCUGUCCGGCCAGUCAGUCAGCCGGUCAGUCGGUGACAGUGACCGAGUGCUUACUGUAUGCAGAGCACUGACUCAGUGUUUGGGAGAGUGCAAUAGAAAUCAAGGAGCUUACACUUUAAAGGGGAAACAGUUUAAAAUAUGUUCCAGAAAGGAGGAAGAGAAGCCGAGAAGGAUGGAUUUGUGAAAUAGUGUUCACAUAGAACGGAAGUCACUUUGUUCUCAAGUGCCUCAUGUGGUUUUGUGUGCCGUGGGGGUAGUUGGAAAGACGUGACCUGGGGCCAAGAAAAACCAGUCUAGAAAGUGCAAGGUUUUGGGAGAGCCGAGGGAGCCGAGGUUUGGCAGGGGAGGGCGAUCCAAGCUGGCAGACUAGCAGGUGUGAGGGGAUGAACGAGGGAGAGAUGAGAAACAGGCACUAUGAGAGGGUUGGCUCGGAAGCAAUUAGUCACAGUUAUCGAGCACUUACUCUGUGCGGAGCACUGUACUAAGUGCUUGGGAGAAUACAGUGCCACGGAAUUAGCAGGCAUGUUCCCGGCCCAUGAAAGGUUUGAGCUGGGGUAUAGUGAGUGAGGAUAGCUCGAGGAGAGACGGAGAGCCUUAGGGUCAGUGGUCGGGAGUUUCUGCCCGGUGAGAAGUGGAAAGGGCAGCCGCCGGAGAUGUUAGACAGUGGGGAAUGGGCACAGAGCGGCACUCUCAGACAGCGAUCCGGGGGCAGAGUGAAGUACGGGAGGCGGGUCGGAUGUGAAGAGUGUCCGGGCCAGCCGAGGGGCCCUUCGGGUCGAGGGGAAGGGGUGGAUUCCGGACCCGCGGGACUGGGGGAACGCACAGGAUUUGGCGAUGGUCUCAGUGUGAGAGUUGAAAGACCGAGAGGAUGACUCCAAGGUUUCCGGUUCAGACGGGAAGGUGGUGUGUUCACCUGCGAUGGGGGAGGAGGAGUUGGAGGUUUGGGAGGGAAGAUGAGGAGAAGGGUUUUGGACACGUCGAGCUCAAGGUGCCGGCGGGGCCUGCGGGUAGAGCCGUCGCGGAGGCGGGAGGGGAGAGAGACCGCGGAAGAGGAGAAGGGCGUGGGGGGCGAUCCUAUAACUGCUCCCCCAGCUCGAUGGGGGCGGGGCGACCCUUCCUCCACGCCACGGGCCUUCCCCCCACAGCCCCGCAGCCUGGUCCCGCGAACGGCACGGAGCCGACGGCCGAGUUCAGCCUUCUGGGCCUGAUGGGCGGCCCCGACCGCCACCCGCUGCUCUUCCUGCUCUUCCUGGGCCUCUACCUGCUCAACGUCCUGGGCAACGGGGCCAUGGCGCUGCUGGUGUGGGGGCGGGGGCGGCGGGCCGACCCCCGCCUGGGCGCCCCCAUGUAUUUCUUCCUCAGCCACCUGAGCGUCGUGGACCUGCUCUUCGCCUCGGUCACCGUGCCCCAGCUCCUGGCCGACCUGCUGACCGCCGGGCCCCGGGCCGUGCUCCCGCGGGCUUGCUUCACCCAGAUGUACUUCUUCGUGGCGCUGGGCAUCACCGAGAGCUACCUGCUGGCCGGCAUGGCCUACGACCGGGCCGUGGCCGUGGGCCGGCCGCUGCUCUACGGGGCCGUGAUGACCCGGCGCCGCUGCGGCCUGCUGGUGGGUGGCGCCUGGGUCGUGGCCCACCUCCACGCGCUGCUGCACACGAGGCUCAUUGCCGGCCUGGCCUACCCCAGGCCCGCCCGCCUGCGCCACUUCUUCUGCGACAUGACGGUCCUGCUGAGCCUGGCCACGUCGGACACCUCGCUCUGCGAGGCCGUGGUGCUGUCGGAGGGCCCGGCCGUGGUGUCGGCGCCCCUGGUCUGCGUGGGCCUCUCCUACGGACGCAUCCUGACGGCGGUGGUGCGGGCGCGCCACCCCGGGGGCCCCCGCCGCGCCCUCUCCACCUGCGGGGCCCACCUGACCGUGGUGGCACUCUUCUUCGGCUCGGUGCUCUCUGUGUACUUUCGGCCGCCCGCCCGCUUCGCCCCCCGCUACGACCGCGUGGCCGGCGUGGUGUACGCCGUGGUCACCCCCACCCUCAACCCCUACAUCUACAGUCUCCGCAACCGCGAGGUCAAGGGGGCCCUGCGGCGGGCGCUGGCAAGGAAGACGGGGCCCGCAGGGACCUGA